UAAGGGCUGCGAAAGGAAGGAGCUUGCGGGAAGUGGGGUAGGAGCCCAGGGGGCCAAGUAGGCAAAAGCCACUGCCAAGGCAGCCAUCAAGUAAACAAGUCAGGCGGUAAUCCGAGUCCUCUGAUGGAUGGCCCCUCCACGUCGCCUGCCUGAGCCCUGCGCGCUGCGAGCUUUCGCCCUGUACACCUAGACCCCUUGCUGCCCAGGCCGGGUGCCUCCCGAGACCAGCCUGGGGACUGCAAACAAAGGGGGGCAGCAACCGUGGCUCCUCUCCUCCUCUCUCUGGCUGGGGAUGAGGCCAGAACCGAUCCCGGAGCCGGGAUUGGUUCUGGGAGGCAGCCUGGGGCUGGAUCCUGCUGGCCAGGGCUGGGGACGUCGCCCCAAAAUGACACCCACCGCCCCCAGGUUCUGCCAAUCCCUGGGCACGCCGGGCGGAGGCGCCCGGGGAGCCCCCGCCCCUCCUGCUGGUUAGCGUCAGGCGUGACGUUACACGUGAUGAGUAGGAGCGCGGGGGCGACGCGCGGAGAGGAAGGCGGGUCUGAGAGCUACAGAGGCCAGGAGCCCAGGAGCCCAGGAAAGUAAAAUGGGUGAGUUGCCAUUAGAUAUCAACAUCCAGGAACCUCGGUGGGACCAAAGCACUUUCCUGGGUAGAGCCCUGCACUUCUUCACUGUUACUGACCCCCGAAACCUGCUGCUGUCUGGGGCACAGCUGGAAGCUUCCCGGAACAUCGUGCAGAACUACAGGGCUGGUGUCGUGACGCCAGGGCUCACCGAAGACCAGCUGUGGAGGGCCAAGUAUGUGUAUGACUCUGCCUUCCAUCCAGACACCGGGGAGAAGGUGGUCCUGAUUGGCCGCAUGUCAGCCCAGGUGCCCAUGAACAUGACCAUCACUGGCUGCAUGCUCACCUUCUACAGGAAGACCCCAACUGUGGUGUUCUGGCAGUGGGUGAAUCAGUCCUUCAAUGCUGUCGUUAACUACUCCAACCGCAGUGGCGAUGCUCCCAUCACCGUGGGGCAGCUGGGAACAGCUUACGUGAGUGCCACCACUGGGGCUGUGGCCACAGCCCUGGGUCUCAAAUCCCUCACCAAGCACCUACCCCCCCUGGUUGGCAGAUUUGUGCCCUUUGCAGCUGUGGCAGCUGCAAACUGCAUCAACAUCCCUCUGAUGAGGCAGAGGGAGCUACAGGUGGGCAUCCCGGUGACUGACGAGGCAGGUCAGAGGCUUGGCCACUCGGUGACCGCGGCCAAACAGGGAAUCUUCCAGGUGGUGAUAUCAAGAAUCUGCAUGGCGAUUCCUGCCAUGGCUAUUCCCCCUGUGAUCAUGGACACUUUGGAGAAGAAAGACUUCCUGAAGCGCCGUGCCUGGCUGGGGGCACCCCUGCAGGUGGGACUGGUGGGCUUCUGCCUGGUAUUUGCCACCCCCCUGUGCUGUGCCCUGUUCCCCCAGAGAAGUUCGAUACAUGUGAGCAGGCUGGAGCCGGAGCUGAGAGCUCAGAUCCAUCAGCAAAACCCCAGCAUGGAAGUGGUUUACUACAACAAGGGGCUCUGAGGGAGGGUCCUCCCUGGCUUCUCCCUCACCUCCUUAUGCUGCUGCAUUAAUGGAGCCUUGCCAUCCUGCCACUUUCUCUUCUGCCUGGUACUGGGCAGGGGGCUUGGUAGGGAGCAGCGAUCGAGACCAGUAAUCCAUUAGGCUGGGGAAGGUACCCUUAUAAGCCUUUUUCUCUCCUCUCUGUUUUCAAAGAAUAGGGUCACGUAAUCUCUCCUGUGCUAGUGUGUCCACUUAUGUACAUAUGCGAUAUGUGUGUGUACAUGCUGUCCUGGAAGCUAGGAGCAGGCAUGCUGUCCUGGGAUGUCCUGAUAGCUGACUUCUCCUCUUGGCCUCCUGCCACCUGCCAGCCAGCCAGCCAGGCCACAGAACUUCCUUGCCUAAACAGUUUCACUCGCCAAGUCAUGUCUGACAGUACCUUACCCCUUCUGGACACAGGAAGAGCCCCAGGAUCUCAGGACAGACUGAGGGACACUAGCAGACAAACUGGGCUGAAUCCUUCGGAUUUCUGCUUCCUGGCUCCCAAAGCUGACUCAGGAACUGGCAGAGGAAGACAUGUCAGGCUAAGGGAGGCAGGGGUCUUAUACCAUCCCCCACAUCCUGGACUACAUCAUUUCCUCUUCUCUACCAAAGCAAAGGGGUGUCAGUAUCCUGCACUGCUCUUGCUAUCCCCCCACCCCACCCCCCACCCCCGCAGUCCCACACUGCAAUGUGGGCAUCUUAAGGCGCAAUCCUAGGAGUUCUUGGUCUGCUCUGACAGCAUAACCUCAAAUCUAAACUCCAAUCCUCUCUCUCAAUUAAAAAGCCACAAAGGCAGAGAAGCAUUCCCCUUUAAGAGCUCCCACUGCAGCCUCUUACAGAGGGACUCAGCUAUGGGAACAGUGCUUAAACUCCACAGGUAUCCAAGUGGGUGUAACCAGUACAUCCUCAAGGGCAACUAGGCCCCAAGGGUACAAUCUUAAGACAGGGAAUUUUGUGUUCCAUUGACCCUUGUUACACAUUCAGCAGAAUCCCCACCUUAGCUCUUUCUGUUUCUUGAGGCUUGGCCCUGCUCCCAGCAUAGUCCCCACCCCCAAGAGGAGAAGGGGCCCAGGUAUCAGCAUCUGGUCCAAAGGAGAGGUGAGCUUGGGGAUGGAGUAUGUGCUGGUAAGCUCACAGAGUGCAGAGCUGGACCUUGACUCCAACUCCCAUGACUUCUGGCUGGAGCGGUAGAAUUGAAGGCCCCCACAGGGAUCCUCUCAGAGUCCUUUUCUGCUCACCCAACCAACCGCCACCAGUAGUAAAAGCUAUGAUGCCAUUGUUAAUCAAUAAACUGAAAAUCUGUCUACUUUUUUAUCUUCA